AUGCAUUCGGUAAUAUUUUUCAGUCUCAUGGCUUGCGCACUCGUCGCGUCAAGAAGAGUUUCAUCCGGUCAGGAUGUAAGGCUAUACGGAGGAGCUCGUGAUGGACGAGUGUUGAACCUCGGCCUACAGGGCAAGUAUGAGGCAGCCGAGAGAGAAUAUGAAAGGUGUAAGAAUAUAGGUGAGAGAAACCUGUUGUUAGCAAUUCGACUACUAGCAACUUACCUGCAGUCCUGUUAG